AGAAACCUGAGUCUGAUUCAUAUGACAUUUAGAAACCUGAGUCUGAUUCCUAUUCCGAUGCAAUGUUUGGUAAUUUGUCUAGGAAUUUUUUUUUGUCUAGGAAGUCCACCUUCUAAAUGAAAAACAAUAUGAACAUUCGAGACAAUAUGAAUAUUCGAGAUCAGUGGACGGAUCCUUUUAAUUGUUUGGAGAUUGGUUGGAUCUGGAACUAGACCGCGUGUCCUGUGCGUGUGUCUGGGAACUGACGUCAUCACACAAACACGGAAGUUGGCGCUGUUCUGUCUAUGCCGCGAAAAAACAAACCUGGACAGUACGUGAUUACUAUGUCUGGUAAAUACCCGAAAUUGAAAUUAAAAAGAAGGAAGUUGAAUGUCGAGGGGCCCUGUAAUGAUACACUUUUCAAGAACACGAUUGUCAAGAAAAAUGGAAAUUCCAGUGCAUCGAUUGAAAGCUCAACGAGACCUGCGCUUCCCACCGAGGCAUGGUGGUCCAGGGGAGACCUGACAGCUGUAGAGAGUCUUUGGGCCCUAACCCUGAGCUCUACUCUGCCCUGUCCGGAGGCCCACCCGUGGGGCCCAGUAGCUGACUUACCAACAGCAUCUAAAUUGAGCUCUACAAUGGUCCAACUCUGUGAAUGGAGAUGGUGUAGCCUCAGUGAGAUGGUCACUCCCUUGCCCUGCUCUUCCGCCUCACCCUUGAGCCCUCCUCCAAUGACCCCGCCGCCAUCCAACACAGACUCUCCUCGCAACACUUCCACUGGGGUGGAACAGCCUAUUCCGCACAUCCCAGGACAGACCAGGCAGAGAACUUCCACCGCUGACGGCCCUCCUUCUGGGUUCAGUCCCCGUCCAGGAGGGCCCGGAGAGGGGACAAGCUGUAGCGGUGCCGGCCGCUACGGACCACCGGUUCUCGGGGCUCGAGUUCCUGCUAGCUACAGAGGGGGGGGUCAGAGGGGGGGUGGGGAGGAGAGAAGCGCAUCUUCACAGAGGCGCCCAAAACACGUAAGCGUCAGGAAAGCCGCGGGUUCCACAGCCUCGGACUUUACAACCAGGCAACCAGGAGGCGGGGAGAGUCAUCCAUCUUUCCCUCAUCAUGCCAUCUUUGGAGCAAGUAGCAGAGGAUCGACGUUACCAGAAGGUUUCAGGGAGGGGGGAGGAGUGGAGGGGGAGGAGAUAAAAAGGCGCCGGCUCCCUGGGCUUGGGAUGGAAGCCUCCUCCUCUGACAGACGCACUGCUGCUCCCUUGGGGGAGGGAGAGGGAAAGGAGGAGGGGGUAUCUGGGAAGCGCGGAACGGAUUGGGAUGCGAGCGGAGGGGGAGGAGGUGAAGAAAAGAGAGGAGGAGAGGGGGUGCCGCAGAGCUGUCCCAUGUGUCUGGUACCAUUUCCAGCAGGGUUAACACAGAUGGACUGUGAUGCCCAUCUGGCCAAGUGUCUAUCGGAGAUGACCGUCGACAUCACCUGGUGAUAAUCCAUAGUCUCCUUUGGACACCUGGGAGGACAGACAUGUGGAAGUACAUCUAAACGAAGCCCCAGAUCCGUUUAUGGGAUGUUGCCCCCAAAAGGAUCCUCCGAGAACCUCAGCUAAGAUCCAAGGAUAAAUCCAAGGAUAGAUCCCUGAUUAAGAGUGCCCUCUUCCAAUCUCAGUUUGAAAAAUGUCUGUGCACUUUUCAUGUGACAUCCAAUUACUGAACGUAGCAGCCAACCAACUGCACAAAGUUGUAUACUUACAGGACCAGUCAAAAGUUUGGACACACCCACUCAUUCAGGGGGUUUUAUCUUUAGUUUUACCGUUUUCCACAUUGUAUAAUAAUGGUGAAGACAGCCGAAGUAUGAAGUAACACACAUGGAAUAAAAAAAAAAAAGUGUUAAACAUAUCAAAAAUACAUUUUAUAUUUUUCAAAGUAGCAAAGAGGUGGAGGCUGGCUACUUUGAAGUAUCUACAAUAUGAAAUUUUUUUUUAUCUGUUUAACACAUUUUUGGUUGCUACAUGAUUUCAUGUGUUAUUUAAUGUUUUAAUGUUCUGAUGUCUUCACCAUUGUUCUACAAUGUCGAAAAUAGUAAAACUAAAAUACCCUUGAAUGAGUCAGUGACCAAACUUUUGACCGGUAACUCUACAUGUUGUAAGACAAUUGUUUAAAACAUAUUGCUUCAUUAUGUCAUCAUUAUCACAAUGUUUGACACUUAUUUUUCCAUCCAUUUUUCACUUACCUUUGAUUGCCAGAAAGGAGAAAGUGUAGAAGGGGUUCUCUUAUGUGACUGCAGGAAAAAAAAAAAAAAACGGACCAGUUCACGGAAAACCAAUGUUUUUAAUAAUUACAGAUAUUUACAGAGGUGCGUUAAAGCAGAAUUAAGCACAUCCAACCAGCAAAUACUGUAUGUUAGAACACAAACCAUGGACUACGUUUGACAUUUUUACAGAACCUUUGUGUGACUGCGAAUCUCAAUUGCAUUAUGUGGAACGUCACCUACUCCCGCACACCGAGGAGGAAUGGAGAAAUUACAAUUGAGAUUCACCCCUUUGUUUUCCUUUUUUAAUGGUUUAAAUGGCCAUUGGUGUAACGCUGCUAUUGCUGUUACAGUGGCUGUAGGGUUUAUGAACAAUGUCUAGGAGCUGGUUCAGUUUGUCUCAUGGUCCCUCAAGAGGCAAUGUCAAGUGAAUGUAUUCCUGUGAGUAUACAUAAAACACAGUUAAUGAAUAAAACAAAUAAAUGGUG